AUGGACGUGGCGCAAUCUUGGGCGUCUAUUUUCCAACGGCUAUCUUGGGAUGUAUGUAUCUACUGUCCACAGUGGACUUUUGGGCCCACCAUUGCCAGACAUUUUGACAAAAGGAAAAGUAUGGAGGAGGUUGAGGAGGCACACAAGGCAGCUAUUGAGAGCUGCAAUAGAGUUAUUGGCCUUUUAUGUCAGCCAAAAGAUCAAGUUCCGGGUAGGAACUUAAUGGUGGAAACCGGAGAGACUGUUUUUAAGUUUAAGAGGGUUAUAUCUCUUUUAAGCACUGGUUUAGGUCAUGGAAGAGUAAGGAAGUUGACGAAGUUUAGAUCGUCUUUGCCUCAAAACAUCUUCCUAGAUAGUCCUAAUUGCAAAACUAUUUUAGCACCAAAACCUCUCCAAAUGGUGCCUCAUAAUUUUCUUGAAACCCCACUUUCUGACAUGGAUGCUAAGCCUAAACCUUCUACGCAAAUCGCCCAGAAAAUGUUUCUUGAAAACCCAGUACUUGAAUUGAACUCAAACGUCAGGCCCCCUCUACAAAUUAUGCAAACAAAACCACCACAAAACUUCCAGUUUCUCCCACAACAUCAGCCGAUACAGAGGAUGCACUUUCCACAGCAGCAAAUGAAGCAUCACGCUGAUAGGGUGUAUUCUAGGAGUAAUAGUGGGAUAAACCUUAAGUUUGAUGGGUCUACUUGCACACCAACCGUGUCAUCCACAAGAUCAUUCAUAUCAUCUCUGAGCAUGGAUGGUACUGUGUCUAAUUUUGAUGGAGAUUCUUUCCAUUUAAUUGGUAUGCCUCACUCAUCCGAUCACAUCUCACAACAAACAAGGAAGAGGUGUUCUGGUAGAGGAGAGGAUGGGAAUGUGAAAUGUGCUAGUAGUGGUAAAUGCCAUUGCUCAAAGAGGAGAAAACUGAGAGUGAAGAGAUCUAUUAAAGUUCCUGCAAUUAGCAACAAGGUCGCAGAUAUUCCUCCUGAUGAGUAUUCAUGGAGGAAGUAUGGACAAAAGCCAAUUAAGGGCUCUCCACAUCCUAGGGGAUACUAUAAAUGUAGCAGUCUGAGAGGUUGCCCGGCGAGGAAGCAUGUUGAGAGAUGCCUAGAAGACCCUUCAAUGCUAAUUGUAACCUAUGAAGGAGCUCAACUUCCAAUAUUUCACAAAUCCAACCAUAAUCAUUUGGAGCUUCUUUGUGAUUUACUGCUGUAUAUAAUAUGUGGUUCAAACCUGCGAUGGGAUAUCAUAUGA